CCCUGUCAACCACCCCUGGAUCACAUAUGUAGCCUGGCAAUGCACCCCUUGCUAAGUUCUUAGUGCCGAUGUUGACAGGUACUUACCAGAAAUGGUAGGUGAUAAGGAAGCUCCCAUAGCUAUUUCUUUGCUUCAUAAGACCUCGAGCUCUCCCCAAGUAGUUGAAGACUCAAGUGAACUCUCUUUCUGCUCACAAAAUGCAUUUCUCUCUUAUAUUUGCAUGCAGUCUCUUGACUGGAGCGAUUGCUGCUCCAGCUUCUCAAAAAAGACAUGUCGUCCAUGAGCGAAGAGAUCAAGAACCUCGCAAUUGGCGUAGGGAGAGUCCAUUACACCCGGAUUCACACCUCCCAAUGCGAUUCGCCAUCACUCAAAAUAAUUUGCAUAACGCCGAAGCAUACUUGAUGGAUGUUUCCAAUCCCUCCUCACCAAACUAUGGCAAGCAUUGGAGUGCGAAGAAGGUUGCUGAAACCUUUGCUCCAAGUGCCGAGUCGGUUAAUGCAGUUUUUCAAUGGCUUGAAGAAUAUGGCAUCAAGAGCGAGCGUGUAAAGCAAUCGCAAAGUCUCAAUUGGAUUCAUGCCAAUGUUACUGUUGCAGAAGCCGAGUCUCUUCUCAACACUAAAUACUACGUAAGCCUAAUCACUCCUUUCACCUAAAGCUCCGCCAUGUUCAAUCCAUGUGGAUGUUUGAACUACAUUUUUCUCCAUCUUGGUACACAUCUUUGGUUCUCACUUCCCUCCAAUGUCUUACUCGGUACGCAAUUACUUAUUCUCCUACUUCUAGGCCUAUACACAUGCCGAAACUGGCCAAAGUGCUGCUGCUUGUGAUGACUACAGUGUCCCUGAAAACUUGCGCAAACACAUUGAUUUUAUCACACCAACUCUUCACUUCGAUGCAAAGGUUGUACCUGGAAAGCUGAAGCGAGAGAAUACCAGUCAGAAGGAUGCCUUUUCCAAACACAGAAUUGGUUCACCAAACGAUCCAUCUCUGCCCAAACAAGGCAAAAUCAUCUCUCUUACAUCGCAUGGCGUCCUAGAAACUUCACCAUUGGCGACUUGCAAUACACAAAUCACACCCGAUUGUCUCCGAGCUUUAUACGGGCUUCCAACCCAAGGCCCUUCUGCAAAAGGAAGUAAGUAUGACUCUCCGUUAUUGGUAUCAAAUUUAACCAGUGAUAGACUCCUAUGGUAUUGUCGAAUAUACGCCACAAGCAUAUCUCCCUGCAGGUAAGUUUCACUUUGCAUGUCACUCUGCAAAUACUGACUUCGACUUCAGAUUUGGAUUUAUUCUUUGGCAACUUCUCUCCUCCACUUGUCGGGUCUAGACCAACUUUUGACUCCAUCGACGGUGGUGUUUUACAGACAAUCGAAGAGUCUUUUGACUACAACGGAGAAUCUGUAAGUUGAUUUUUCACCCCAUCUAUCUACUUCUUGUCUAAUGCAGCCUAGGACCUGGAUCUCCAAUACGGAAUGGCACUUGCAUAUCCUCAAAAAGUGACAUUAUAUCAAACAGGAGAUAUUGGGGAGGGAGCAUCCAACAACAAUUUCCUCGACGCUAUCGAUGGCUCCUAUUGUAAAACAGGCGGUGGUGACGACCCAGAUUACGAUUCAAUCUACCCUGAUACAAAUGGCAAUAGCAGUAAUUACUACAAAGGACGCCCGAACUGUGGUGGAUUUGCUGCCACCAAGGUUAUUUCCACCUCUUACGGUUACGAUGAAACCGAUCUCUCACCAGCAUAUGAGGUACGUCAAUGCAAUGAGUAUCUCAAGCUAGGCCUUCAGGGUGUCACAUUCUUGUUCUCUUCUGGCGAUUAUGGUGUUGCGGGUAAUGGAGGAGAAUGUGGAACUGGUAAUGGUAUGUCUUCCCCAUCAUACAUUGUUUGUAGGAUCUAUAUUCACAUUUUGGGAUAGCAUUCAACCCUUCAUUUCCUGCUACAUGUCCAUACGUCACAGCUGUCGGAGCUACCCAAAUCAAACCAAACGGUACCGUCACUCAACCAGAAGAAGCUGCCGAGUCUGUCAGUAAGUAUUAUUAUUCAUCAAAUAUUUUCAUACUUAUCCUCAGCUAUAUUUACAUGCUGACCCCAAUUUUCCAGUCUAUUCCGGCGGAGGAUUCUCUAAUGUCUUUUCCAUUCCCAAAUACCAAAGCAAAGCCGUGGCAAGUUACUGUAAGUAAAUCCGUCCCUGUAGCAUCACAUACCGCAUCUCAAGCCUAUAUACGUAUCUAUCGACAUUUCCCUUUACCAAACCCAAAGCUAACAUCCCCGCUAGUUGCCAACUAUCCUCCUCCUUACACCUCAGCCCAGUACAACAACUCACAAACGACUCGUGCUUACCCCGAUAUCUCCGCCAACGGUGUAAACUACGUAGUUGCUGUGGACGGAGAAUUCUCUCUCGUAUACGGUACCUCGGCCUCUACUCCCGUCAUCGGCGCUAUCUUCACCUUAAUAAAUGCUGCACGAAUCAAUGCCGGAAAAGCACCCAUCGGAUUCGUCAACCCCGUUUUGUAUGCGCAUUCUAGCGUGUUGAAUGAUGUCACCAGCGGAGGAAAUCAAGGAUGUGGAACCGCAGGGUUCACAGCUGUGAAGGGAUGGGAUCCUGUUACGGGUUAGUAUUUCCUCUUUCCUUCCCUUCCCAUUUUCGAUUCGUGCUUUGCGGUUCUUUGAAUAAUCCAGGAAUGCAUACGAAAAUGCAUACAAGCUCUCAUCCCAUCAUAUUACACGCAUACUAACUCCCACCCUAACAGGACUUGGAACCCCCAAUUACCCCAACCUUCUCAAACUCUACCUUUCACUCCCUUAGUUGGACACUCAUCGAUGUAUACGAAAUUAUGAUUUGCACGACCCUAGACAAUAUGAGAAUUUAGAAAAGCCAAGAGGGAUUUUGGGAUGACUUUGACUUGGACUAAGACUUAGACUUGACUUGUUAACUAUUAAAUAAAUGAUUGGAAGAUAUUUACAUAUUUUAAAUAGUUCGUAACUGAGGACCUAGGUAGAAACUUGGAGGGAAAAGGAAAAGGAAAAGGAAAAGGAAAAGGAAAAGGAGAAAAAGAACAUACUUCAAGUACA